GGGGAAAAUAGCAACGAUCGACGCCGAGAUAGUUCGAUCAAAAUCGACCUGUAUCUGCCAAAUCUGCCAGAUAUAGCAGAAAUGGCAGAUAUAGCGGAAGGAGCAGAUCUAGUACAUAGGAUAGAUAGAACAGAUAUGUUAGAAAAAUA